AUGAUUCUAACAUUACUGCUGUUCAUAGGCUUCGUCGUUUGUACGAGCUACAUCGGACGUCAAGAAAAUGGUUUAGACGUGUUCAUCGGUGUUCCUUAUGCGCAGCCUCCCGUGGGAUCCCUACGUCUUCAACCUCCUGUCCCGAUCGCACAAGAUCUAGGUAAUCUGGAUGUCUCAAAUCUCACCAGCAAUCGUUGCUACGAGCUCAAAGCUGGUCCACCAACGCUGAGCAUAGGCUCGGAGGACUGCUUAACACUUGAUAUCGUCCGACCAUCACAAGGUACCGCCCGGGCACGUCAAAAUACUAAACUUCCUGUUUACGUAUUCAUACACGGUGGCAACUUCAACGAUGGAGACAAGUCAGACUACGAUGGACGAAAUCUCGUGAAUACGAGCGUUCAACUGCGUGCACCAUUUAUCUACGUGGCCGUCAACUAUCGACUCGGCUUCCUCGGUUUUCCAAGUGGACAGCAGCUUGCUGGAUCAUACAAUCUUGGCCUUCUUGAUCAGAGACUGGCUUUGCAGUGGAUUCAGCAAGAAAUCGAGACAUUUGGCGGAGAUCCAACCAAAGUCGUCAUUGGGGGUCAUUCAGCUGGUGCGAAUUCUGUGGCCUACCAGAUGAUGGCAAACAGAUCUGAAACUUCAGACAACCUCUUUCGAGGUGCGAUUCUCGAGAGUGGUUCCGCGACGGCACUUUCAGCUAUUCAGCACACGGAGAAUGGGACUUGGCAAGCAUCCUAUGACUAUAUCUCUGCCGCAGUAGGAUGCAACACCACGGGAAGCUUGACGUGCCUCCAAAGCGUGCCUAUCGAGAAUCUCGUGACAGCAUAUACCAUUGGCUUUGCGAAGAGCGGCUUUAAGUCACCAAUCUACCAAUUCUCUCCAGUACUCGACGGAGAUUUCAUAACCACCUGGCCAUCCGUUCUGAUGGACGAGGGCGUCUUCGCCAAAAUCCCAUCCAUUAUUGGAACCACGACGAGCGAGCUUGUGGAGAGGGUGCCGAUCUACAAUGGCAUAGGUGACGAUGCGGCAGUCAUUCAGGCCUUAGAGCCGUACUCACCAUUCGUCCCAUAUAGCUCAAUGGUGGAUUUGUUAGCAUUCUAUCAACUUUUUGAGUUUCAGAAUGUUGGCCCACCUUUAUCAGGAGGACAAUGGAGUCGUACCGUCGCUAUCGAGAACGAUAUCCAAAUACUCUGCUCUGCCUACACCCAAGCAAUACAAACCUCACAACAAGUCCCCACAUGGAAGUGUAAGCGCAAUCGUCUCCGAGUGUUGAUAUUGGGUACGGACUGA